AUGUUUGAUGGAACAGAUCUAAUAUCGAUAUACGGUGGCAAGUUUCCUGACGAAAAUUUUACUAUGAAAUUUAAUCAGUCUGGUUUAUUGCCGAUGGCAAACUGUGGGAGAGAUUCAAAUGGAUGUCAAUUUUUUAUUACUUGCACAAACUGUGAAUUUUCGGAUGGAACACAUGUCGUAUUUGGUCGUGUUAUCGAAGGAAUGUCAGUUGUACGAAAAAUAGGUAAUGUACCCGUAGGGGUAACUAAUAUACCUGAAAUUCCUGUUGUCGUAUCCCGUUGUGGUGAUUUUGUUUAA